AUGGCCCCUUCUACUCCUACAUCUAACCCUUUCGCCGCCAUGAGGAACUUUGGUGGUAUGGUGUCGUCUGCUCUUUCCUUCGGCGACAGAUCUCGCCAAGUCUCCUCCCUCGGCCUCGGCACCCUUUCUUUGGGGGAGCCGUCUGGCGAUGUCCCGCCUCCUCGCUCCGCUUCUCCUCCCGCCGGUCCUCCCGCUGGUUCUCCCUCUGCUUCUCCUCCUCCUGGUUCUCGCUCUGCUUCCCCUCCUGCCGCCAGCCCUCGCCGCAGGACGCCCGCCUUUCGUCCUGACUUCGAAGGAAAAGGGGGUGAUUAUAGUGAUGAGGAUGAUAGAAUCGUGUCGGAGGGUGAAACCGAGUUAGAGGAACACUCGGAUGAUGAUAUGGUGGCGGUUAGUGUAGAGGACAACAACGUAGAUAGUCCUGAGCCCGCUCCUGCCCCUCCCCCUGCUCAAAUUGUGGGCCAGAAACGACGCCGUUCCCUCUCCUCUUCUUCUUCUUCCUCUUCUUCUUCUUCCUCUUCUUCUUCCUCUUCCGGGGUUCUCCCCCCCCCCAACGCCAUCCCCCCCCCCAACGCCAUCGCCGCUGCCGCCGCCGCCGGUCCUGCUCCCGCCGCCGGUCCUGCUCCCGCCGCCCCCGUCGCUGCUCCCCCCCCUUCUCCCAGAGGGGAGCCUUUUGGUGUUGACGAAGCGUGUGAUCGUUGCCGACGUGAGAUUAUCACGUAUAAUCGUCCAAACUGGCCCUGCCUCAAGGCAGUCAGGCCACACAACAAGGCCCUCCGUUGUGCUUCGUGCACGUCUGGCCCCUGCUCCUUCUGUCCCGUUUCCUCUGCCCGGGACAUCCCGCCCCGUCCCUCCGACUCUUCGCCCUUCCCCCCUCCUCAGACUCCAGCGUCUGUCCCCCGCUCGCGGGUACCUCCUUCGUCUCUCCGGUCGGUUCGCCGUACUUCGCCGGACCUCCGCCCGUCGCCUCCGUCGCCGUCGCCCUUCGCUCCUGUGGCCGGCCCAUCACGUCUCCCGGCUGUUCCUCCUUCGUCUUCUCGCCGUCCUUCGGCCUCUGCUCCUUCGGUCUCCCGUCCUUCGGCCUCUCGUUCUUCGGCCUCUCGUCCUUCGGCGCCACGUCCGUCCUCUCCAGUGGUAGCUUCUCCCCCGGCUCACAGCACCCGAAGUCGGCGUCCUUCUGUUCCUCCGGCCACUUCGGCGGCCCCUCCCGUCACCCCUCCCUCUGCUCCCCAGAAGACACCGAAGUCUUCUUUAAAGAAAUCAAAAGGGAAAUCUAAAGAGAAGGAGGUUGCCUUCAAUGAUGGUGAUGUGGAAGGUGAAGAUACUCAGCGUGCUGGUCCCUCUGCUCCCCGGUUGUCCCUCGUCCACCCUCGUAUCUCCCUGGACGUCCGUAUUCCUGAGGACGAAAAGGAAUUCGCCACUUAUCGUUCUCUCGUCCUCGGUCUCACUACUCAGCUUGAGGCUGCCCGAAAUGAUACAUCUCUCCUGCUUGACUUCUCUUCUCGUCAAGCUAACGCUUUAAACAAUCUUACUGCGGCGUUAGUAGAUGUAGUCAACACUGGGGCUCUGGACGACGAAGCAAGGACAAGGUUAGCGGACGUCUCUCGCCGAAGCCUUACUGAGAUAGCCGAUGUUCGCCGAAGACUGUUCGACACCCCCUUCCUAGUCACUCCUAUGGCGUAUGAGCCACCACCGUCCCUUGACUGGUUAGGUCGCCGUAGUAGUUCCCGUGUCCCAGCUUCCGCCCAGACUGCUCUAGACCUCCUCAGUCUUCCCUUCGAGUGUCUACGGACCAUACGUUCUCUGUGGAGGACUCCGAGCAUGCAAGCUGCUCGAGAUGUCCAGGACUUCGGUGACUUCUUUGGGGCUAUGAAUCGGGCAUGGAAUGCUUCUCUCUCUACUGCGUUCCCGUCUGAGACUCUCGAUCUACCUUCGGUCAUCGGUAGCCUCCACACUAAUCCCGCGGGACCGAGUAGAUCGAAGGAGAAAGGAAAAGGAAAAGGUAAGGGUAAGAGUAAGGACAAGUGA